CUAUCCACUUUAAAACCUCCACUGCCUUCACUCUCAGCUCCCAUCCUCAGUCUCCCCUACUAUGGCCUUGCCUAUCUCCGGCACGCGCCACCUCACGCGCUCCCUCUUAUUCAAUACCACCUUACUCGCGCCUCCUAGGCUUCCUUCCUCCGUUCGCUGCGGUGGGUUUAGCUCCGGUCACGAUGCGGUUGUACCUCGGUUUACCUCACUCCGAUGCCGAGCUAACCGGUCAGGCUCCGCUUACUCGCCGCUUAACUCCGGCUCCAACUUCAGCGACCGGCCUCCGACGGAGAUGGCGCCUUUGUUUCCGGGAUGCGAUUACGAGCACUGGCUGAUUGUUAUGGACAAGCCUGGCGGCGAGGGAGCGACGAAGCAGGAGAUGAUUGAUUGCUACGUACAAACCUUAGCCAAAGUCGUUGGAAGUGAGGAAGAGGCGAAGAAGAGGAUUUAUAAUGUUUCUUGCGAGAGGUAUUUGGGGUUUGGGUGUGAGAUUGAUGAAGAGACUUCUACUAAGCUUGAAGGUUUGCCUGGUGUUCUGUUUGUGCUUCCUGAUUCAUAUGUGGAUCCUGAGAACAAAGAUUAUGGAGCGGAGCUGUUUGUUAAUGGAGAGAUAGUCCAAAGAUCACCAGAGAGGCAGAGGCGAGUUGAGCCACAGCCGCAGAGAGCGCAAGAUAGACCGAGAUACAAUGACAGAACGCGUUACUCUCGCCGCAAAGAAAACACGCGCUGAGGAAGAAGAUAUACUUACACAGUAUUGAAUCAAAUUGAGAGCUAGUACGAUAGUGAUGGUGAUGAUGAUGCUGCAGCUUCUGUCAGGAGAAGGUUCAUUGUUCCAGUCCGUUGCAGCUUAUGCUUAGUUUCGGUAAUAUGUAACAUCUUUAUAUGUAAUAAUGUAAAUCGAGGUUACUCUUACUGUUUUAGAGGAGACAUGGGGGUAUUUAGUCAUCAAAAUUUGUUUUCCUUUCUAGAGCAA